GUGACCAGGAGUCGACGUGUGCAGAAAUCCUGUUAGUCUGGUCCUUGUUUCCAUCUGGGUACCAGCUUCCUUCAGCCUUGCGGGCGGCGGUGUGAGAGGGCCGCGGAAGGAGGAGACGGCUUGCUUAAAUUCUCCAGGUUUGUUCUUUGUACCGCUGCGGGCUAAAAUAAGUAGGUGAAAGAAACUGACCCGAUCACUACCUGAAAUAACUGCAGUCGCGAAUAGGCAGGAAGAAGCAAAGAAGGAAGAGAAGCAUACACAAGAUGAAACCCUGCCAAAAGAUGGAAGGAAACCCAGAAAAUGGGGAUGAGCCAAAGCCCGAGGAAGAACCAAAGCAGGAAGAGCCAAAGCCCGAGGAAAAGCCAGAGGAGGGGGAAGGACCAGAAGAGGAGGAAAAAUCAGAGGAAACUUUUCGGGAGAUGCUGAUUCAGUCUCUUCAGGAUUUUAAAGAGGAUAUACACAACAGGCAUUUGAGCAGUGAGGAUAUGUUUAGAGAUGUGGAUGAAAUAGAUGAGAUAAGGAGAGUGAGAAACAAACUUAUAGUGAUGCGUUGGAAGGCUAAUCGAAACCAUCCUUACCCAUAUUUAAUGUAGUUUGCCUUGCUUUCUGUUUAUCUGCUAUUACCAUUGCAAUAUAACUUUCUUUUUAUUAGCAUUUUUCUGAUAUACCUUUGCCCAUCUCCCUGCUUUGAAUCUGUUGCUGUUAGUGGUUUUAGAUGUAUCUCUUCUUGUCUGCAUCUUACUGUUGAUUAUAUUUGAACCAAUCUACAAGUCUCUGGCUUUUAAUAAGAGAGCUUUACUGAUUUGUAAAAAAAAAAAAAUGAGCUUCUGAUGAGAUACAAAAUGAGAAAAGGAUACAAAAUAAUAUGAGAAUAUCGUAUUUUGAAAGACAAGAGUACCUUUGUAUGUUACAUAUAUGCACAUAUAAACUUGUGAAAGAUGAAUGAUUUUUCUUCUGCUUAUUUGUAUUUGCCAUAUUCCUAAAAUGAACAUGCAUUAUUCUUGCUAAAAAUAAUAAAGGUUUUAUAACUAAAAAUAAGCA